GUUGACGCAUUUGACGUUGUCUAGCACAGGAAGUUACUUCACUUGACAGCUUUCUUUAAUCGACUUUCUUACUAUGUUUGCCUUUUGUGAUUGAUAUAAGAAAGUAGAUAUGUAAUAUAUCUCAACAUCUUCUAGUUGGACUGUUAGCAUCAGGCUCGCUGAGAGCAGCGCUGUAGUUUGAGUGUGUUUGUGGAGGUGAAGGUGGAGAUGUGUUCGAUAGAGAAGGUGCUGGGCGACGCGCGAACGCUGCUGGAGCGGCUGAAGGAGCACGACACGGCCGCAGAGACUCUCAUCGAGCAGUCGAGCGUCCUCAACCACAAGAUCCACAGCAUGAAGGAGGUUGGAAUCACUCUCCCUGACAAGAACAUGGAGGAAAGCACAGAGUAUCAGGAGCUGUCCAGAUACAAACCUCACGUCCUGCUGACCCAGGAGAACACCCAAAUCAAAGACCUCCAGCAGGAGAACAGAGAGCUGUGCAUCUCUCUGGAGGAGCACCAGUACGCCUUAGAGCUGAUCAUGGGCCGAUACCGAAAACAGAUGCUUCAGCUGAUGAUGGAAAAGAAAGAGAUUGAUGCCAAACCUGUGCUUAGCCUUCACAAGGAUCAAGCUAAGGAGGUUCAAACCCAGUUGGAGCGGAUCUGUGAAAUGGGUCAAGUAAUGCGUCGAGCUGUGCAGGUGGAUGACCAGCGCUUCUGCUCUGUGAAAGAGCAAUUGGCACAGCUUGAAAUUGAAAACAAGGAGCUCAGGGGACUGCUGUCCAUCAGCAACAUCUCUGUGAAGCCACAGAGAGAGGAGACAAACCCUGCUGAGACGGCAGCUCAGAGCCCUAAGAAACAAGAGCCCUAAUAGAGGAAAAUGUUACUUUCGAUUUUCUAUGUCGGGUGACCUGGCGUCCACUGACAUCAGUAUCUGUAUCGGGAUCUCUAGUGUUGAUUUGGACUGUCCCGGCGGGGUUUAACUUCCUCCUGCCUGAUGAUGCACUUUCUGAUGUGAGUUAUUAAUGAUGGUAAUGUUUUUGUUCAGUAAAGAUGCAUCACCUCUUUAGUUUUUAUUUUAAUAAUAGAUGCUUAAUAACUUAAGAUAAAUUUGGAUUAUAGAUCAGUCCUGGCUGUAUUUUUUGUUUGCAUUUUCCAAAAAAAUAAAACGUUUUUUAAAAUUAGAAUUUUGUCUUUUUGAUUUAGCCUAAGCAGGAUUAUAGGUAUUUUUAGCUCACAUGAUUAAAUUGUGUUUGGAGUACAAUGUAUAUUUGUGAAAACCGAUUAUUACAGGCCUGUUAACUAAUUUUCAUCUCAGGAAAGCAAUCAUAUGUACUGCAGUUGUUAUUUUGUAUAACACAAUAUGUAAAAUAAAAUACAGUUAUUCAUGUUUAAA